GGCGGUGAAGAUAAAGGUAUAAGAUGCGGCGGCGGGCUGCCGAUUAUCGGCGCCCGGUUAGAAGGAGGGUAUCAUGUUGGAUCUGGUCACUUCUUGCUUUAUUCUCAAUUGCAGGUUUCGUUUUGUUUGUAUUUCAUCAUCACCAUAAUGACCACCUGGAUCAUGUUGAACAACCUAUUCUGGAAAGAGAGUCUAGGGGUGAGCAGGUUGUUCAUGAGCAGCGUAUGAAUCUCACACAAGAGAUGUUAAGUGUUAAUUCAUAUGCCAGACAAUUAGCAGAGCAAACGACACUAGCCAAAGCUUACAUCAUUAUAGCAAAAGAGCACAACAACCUUCAUCUUGCGUGGGAGCUAAGUACAAAGAUAAGAAGUUGUCAACUUUUACUCUCAAAGGCUGCAAUGAGAGAUGAGCCGAUUUCUCUAGAUGAAGCUGAGCCAAUCAUAAGAAGUCUAUCUUCUCUCAUCCUUAAGGCACAGGAUGCCCAUUAUGAUAUUGCUACCACUAUGAUGACAAUGAAAUCACAUAUUCAAGCUCUUGAAGAGCGUGCCAGUGCUGCAUCUGUUCAAAGUAUGAUGUUCGGACAGUUAACAGCUGAGUCUCUGCCAAAGAACCUGCACUGCCUAGAAAUCAAGCUCAUGGCUGAUUGGCUUACAAAAAAGUCGCUGCAGGAUUUUGCUGAUGAGAGGAGAAACUCACCUCGUCUAGUAGACAAUAACUUGUAUCACUUCUGUAUAUUUUCAGAUAAUCUGUUGGCAGUUUCAGUAGUUAUCAACUCAACCGUGGCCAAUGCUGAUCACCCUAAGCAGCUAGUUUUCCAUAUCGUAACGGAUUCAAUACACUAUGGAGUGAUGCUGGCUUGGUUCCUGAACAAUGACUUUAAAGGUUCUACAGUAGAAGUACAGAAUAUUGACAACUUCACUUGGUUGAAUUCGUCUUAUUCUCCUGCUGUAAAGCAGCUAAUGGCGACAGACUCCAGAAAGUAUUAUUUUGACGGAUCUCAAGAUACAGCUGUCGAGCCAAAGUUCCGGAAUCCUAAGUAUAUAUAUUUGUUGAAUCACCUUCGCUUUUACAUCCCUGAGAUUUAUCCCCAGUUGGAGAAGAUUGUCUUCCUUGAUGAUGAUGUUGUAGUUCAGAAGGAUCUGACACCUCUCUUUUCACUGGAUUUGCAUGGAAAUGUGAAUGGAGCAGUGGAAACUUGUCUUGAAGCUUUUCAUCGUUAUUACAAGUAUCUCAAUUUUUCAAAUCCACUCAUCAGCUCUAAGUUUGAUCCCCAGGCGUGUGGAUGGGCAUUUGGUAUGAAUGUUUUCGAUUUGAUUGCCUGGAGGAAAGCAAAUGUUACUGCCCGAUAUCAUUAUUGGAUUGAACAAAAUGCUGAUAGGACGAUUUGGAAGCUAGGAACCCUUCCACCUGGACUAUUAGCUUUUUAUGGAAUGACAGAGCCACUUGAUCGGAGGUGGCAUGUGUUGGGAUUAGGUUAUGACGUGAAUGUUGACAAUCGCCUGAUAGAGAGUGCAGCAGUGAUUCACUUCAAUGGAAAUAUGAAGCCAUGGCUUAAGUUGCGCAUUAACAGGUAUAGGCCUUUGUGGGAACGAUAUGUAAAUCAGACUCACCCACACCUUCACGAUUGCGCUACACAUUGAAACGCUAUACUUUUCAAGUACGAUUACAUACUCGAUCCUCAUUCUUAAAGUUUUAGGAAUGUAUUUUACAUCAUUGUAGAGUUAGAAAUAGACAAUUUUGCCCUUGUAAGGAUUCUUCCCUAGUCUGCUUAUCAGUUUAGUAGUGUGAAAAGGAAAAUGAUAUUACACACUAGAGCAAGCAUGCAUUAAGAUAUAGGGUUUAGGGGAAUCACUUUUGGUUGAGAGGUUUUCUCUGUCUCUACAAAUGAUAGAACAAAUUUUUCUAGCAAUUUUUGUAAUAAUCUUGUUCGUUUGAUCACAUCUAGGUAGAUUUUAUCUUCAUAUUUUUGUUGUUCUGUACGCAGAUCCAAUUAUUUUGGUUGCUGUAACAUAUAAAUAUUGCAACAUAUGUAAGUGAUUUUAAUUGAUGAUAUGAUGCAUCAGGGCGACUAGACUACUA